UGGCAGAAGGAACACAUUGUAUUUCAGUUCCGGCUAAACGAUCGUUUAGCUGCUCGAACAAAUAAAGUAAAGUAAAGUAAAUAAAAAGCUUAUGUUUGAACGAUAUCUCAUUCAUUUCAAGUUUUCGUAAAUUCAUAGUAACAUUAAUAAUAGGAAUUGAGAAAGACAUGAAAGUUACGAUAAACAGUUGGAGAGGCGUCGCCACCUGGCGUUGGGUUGCGAACGACGACAACUGCGGCAUUUGCCGGAUGCCGUUCGACGCCAGUUGCCCUGACUGCAAAAUACCCGGCGAUGACUGCCCGUUAGUCUGGGGCCAGUGCUCGCAUUGCUUCCACAUCCAUUGCAUCAUGAAGUGGCUCAACUCCCAGCAGACGAGCCUUCUCUGCCCGAUGUGCCGCCAGGAGUGGAAGUUCAAGGAGUAGCUUCAGGCCCGACCUGGCAACGCUUCCAGCCGACAGUCGGGAGCAGCACCAGGGCGCAGCGGUAAGUUCCGCGGAUCGUGACCGGGAUCGAUCGGAUGCGUACACGUGCGUGUCGUCGUGCGCGUGCGCAUUGGAUAAAGAAGCGCGGGCCAUUCGCACGUAGGGUAUCUGCUGUGAUGCGUGAGCGAGCGAUUUUAGUUUGUUAGUCCUGCUGGAAGAGUAAAGAUUUUAUGAACUUGCGAUGAUUUUUUGUUACUUUCACGA